CGCAUCGAUCUAUUCCUUUGUUUAAUCCCUGCUCGAGUAAAAUCACCUUAUAAUAAUAUUUCAAAAUCAACAAGCCAAAAUGUCGAUGUUUUUCAAUAUGGAGUUUGGAUACCUGGAGGCCCUAACGCGGGGCUUCAAGAACGGCAUGCUGAAGCACUCGGACUACCUGAACCUCACUCAGUGCGAGUCACUCGAGGAUGUGAUGAUCAGCAUCCAGGGAACGGACUACGGCAUCAUAUUUGGCGGUGAUAUGACCGAACCCUGCGUGGAGGUUAUAGAAAGAUGCCUGAGGGACCGACUUCUGCAGCAGUACUACUACAUACGCAGCCACUCGUCGGAGCCGCUGACCACCUUCAUGGAGUACAUCCGCUAUCCCUUCAUGAUUGAUAACGUGGCGCUUCUGCUCGCUGGCUUGAAUAAUCAUCGGUCCAUGAAGCGCCUGUUGAAGAUGUGCCAUCCGCUGGGAUACUUUGACCAGUUGGGUGCCAUUGAGGUGGCCACCAACUCCGCGGAGCUCUUCGAUGCAGUGCUGAUUGACACGCCCAUCGCCCAGUUUGUGCCACCCGAUUUGCCCAUGGAAUCGCUGCGUCACAUCGAUGUGGAGAUCGUUAGGGCUCUCCUGUACCGGUCCUAUUUGGAGAACUUUUACGAGUACUGCAGCAAGCUGGGUGGAAACACCGCCGAUGUGAUGACAAACUUGUUGUCCUUCGAGGCGGAUCGCCGCACUAUCACCAUAGCUGUGAAUUCAAUUGAUAGUGAUAUAAGCCAAAAACAACGCUUAAGGAUGUUCCCAACCUGUGGCUAUUUGCCCAAAAUAGCCUUGGCCAGCAUGUCCACUUUGAAUGAAACGGAAAAAAUACGCGACGUGUGCAAUGUGUUUGACGGAUACGGCAAGAUGUUUGACAACUUUGAGCGGGACACCGACGGCAUGAUUACCCUGGAGGACCGUUUCCUAAUGGCCGAGGCCAAAAAGAAUGUGCAGACCUUCCUGCAGCAGUUCCACUUCGGGAUAUUUUACUCGUUUAUUAAACUGAAGCAGUUGGAGUGUCGCAAUAUUAUUUGGAUAAGCGAAUGCAUUUCCCAGCGGCAGUAUGAUAAAGUCAACGCUUAUAUUCCCAUACCUCUUGACUGAUUAUUGGGUUUUAUAAUAUUUUAAUAUUAUUUUGUUUUAUUUCUCAAUAACAUUUUCUUAAAUGGUGAAUUCUAAAUUAUUCAAUUUAAUAAAUAUUCAAAAUCA